AUCAGUGCGACACAUUCAGAUGAUGCGGCUCGUUUGAAGUCGCAAAUUGGACACUAUGUGGCGCCAAUUCCAUCUGAUGGUGGUUUAAAACCCGCCAUCUACAAUGGUAACCCCUCGCGAUUGCAUUUGGGUGUGAACCACCCUGUAUUAGCAUCCUUUCUUUGUCCUGUUUCACAGCUCACAGAAUUCACGCGAGAUCCAGCUGAGGGCCAGAAAAAACUUGCCAGCAGAGGAAUCCUCAUGACUGCCAAUGACUUCCCCGCAUUCCUCUGGUCUGGAAAUCCCCCUGGAUGUGACUAUGAUGACGAGGCUAUGACUGAAAGCCUAUUCCAGGGCUAUCUUAUCGAACACAUAAGUUUUUCUCAAGUAUGG